UGUCAGGCUCAGAGCUCAGUGAGCUCAUCCCGCCAGCAGAGCGCGUCCCUGCGCCUCGGACAGAAAAUGGGGAUGCCUCCUACCGGAGCACAAACCCACUCCCCGUUUUCUGAGAAACUGUGAAAAGGAAAAGCCCUGUUGUUUUCUUUAACACUGUCAGAAAGCCCAUGCACUGCGAGCUUUCUCCACCGCCUGCACUGCACACAGGACUCUUCCAGGAUGCGGUCGAACAACGCGCACAUCGGACACAAAGUGGCAGGCUGUUGGAUUUUCCUCUCCCUCUUUCAUAUCAACUUUUCUGCUGGCAGCUCAGGAAAAAUCUCACAGAGCCAAGAUGAUAUACAUGUCAUCCACAACAAUCAGCUCGACCUACGGGACAUAGUUUUCGUCCUCCAGAGUCAAAGCAACUCCUUCCACGUGAGGCAGGCAGAAAGACGGAGAGCAGAUUUAUUGAAGCAGGCGGACGAUCUGGCAGAGAAACCACCGGUGGUUUUGCUUCUUCACAGUUUAUCAGAUAAUGAGGGAGAUUGGAGUAUCCUUCCUCUGCUGCCUUACUUAUCGCACACCUUCAGGCAAAACUCCUCCUGGAUUGUAUUUCUCGAGGAGGAAACAAAUGUCAAAAUGGCUAAGCUUGUUCAAGUCCUUGCCAAAUUUGACAAGAAUAAAGAAUGGUUUCUUGGUAAGCCCCUCCACGAUGACGAGUCGACCAUCAUCCAUCACUACGCUUUUGCAGAGAACCCCUCCAUCUUCAAAUACCCAGACUUUGCUGCUGCUUGGGCACUAAGCAUCCCCCUUGUUGUUCGGCUCGCAAACAAAGUGAGAGAUGAGCCACUUAAAUCUGACUUCACCAUUGACCUGAAAUAUGAAGUAGCCCUGUAUAUCUGGGAUAACGGGAAUGGUCCGCAUCUCACUCCUGUUCCUGAACUGUGCACUGAGCCAGAGGCUCAAACCACCAGCCACUGUGCUACCACUCUGAGCAGCAAGCCUCCACCAUGUGGGGAGCCUGUAAAUAAAGAAGAUGUAUUUGUUGCUGUGAAAACGUGUAGGAAGUUUCACAGUGAACGAGUUCCAGUGAUAAAGAAGACUUGGGAAAAGGAUGCCUUAUUUUUAGAGUACUACAGUGACCAUGCCGAUCCCUCAAUACCAACUAUAAAUAUAGGAGUACCAAAUACUGAAAGAGGCCACUGUGGGAAAACAUUCGCAAUCCUUCAAAGAUUUCUGAGCAGCUCUGUCCCAAACACCAAGUGGCUCAUCAUUGUGGACGAUGACACACUUAUCAGCCUCCCCAGACUACAAGACUUGCUGAGCUGUUAUAACCCCUCUGAACCAGUGUGUCUAGGAGAGAGAUAUGGCUACGGCCUGAGCCAAGGCGGCUACAGCUACAUCACGGGAGGUGGAGGCAUGGUGUUCAGCAGGGAGGCUGUGGUCCGACUUCUUGACAGCGGCUGCAAGUGCUACAGCAAUGACGCGCCAGAUGACAUGGUGCUGGGAAUGUGUCUCAAUGCUCUCGGACUUCCUGUCACACACAGUCCACUCUUCCACCAGGCACGCCCAGAGGACUACGCCAAAGACUUCUUAGCUCACCAGGUGCCCAUCUCGUUCCAUAAACACUGGAACAUCGACCCGGUUGCUGUUUUCAACAAAUGGCUUAGAGAUGACUUGGUGACAAAAACUUCAGAUGGACUUAACAAGGGCGCUAAGACGGAGUUAUAAUAAUUUCAAGCACACAACUAGCCUGUAUGAGUGUGUGAGUGAGUGUGUUUCUGUUUCUUUUGUGUGUGUGUUAUGGAGUCAUGGUACUGAAAUAUUGCCCUUCAGAUGUAAAUGUUUUUGUAUCAUUGAUGUCGAACUGUUAUUAAGAGGGACCAUGCGAGCGUGUGUCCGUGACAUAAUAUGUGAGUGUUUUAAUGACUGAUUUGCAUGUUGAGGUUAAUGUCAUUUUGGAAAUAUGGAUGUAACGUGUGUAUAUUUAUAUCAUAUGAAUAAUCUAAACCUUACAGAGGAGAAACUUCCUCUUUGGGAGAUACUGUAUCUUUCAAGAAGCAUCACUAAUGCUGUACAAUGUGCUCUAUUUUGACAUAAAAGUACAAUUAUUUGAGAAUUUUUUUUGCUUUUCUGUUUCAUUGGAGGCCUAUUAAUGAGAUUGAGUAAUGUGUAAAUGAUGACAUUGUUAAAGGUUAAUUGGGGCUAAAACUACAGUAUGAACAUUAUGGUGCAACUAAAGACAGCAUUAAAGCUCUCCAAAGCAUGCUGAAGGUUUGUAAUUACUCCCAGAAUAUACCCAGCACGCAGUCUUUAAGACGGUCCACCUGCUGCUCAUGCAGAUAAAUGUACAACCUUUACCUUAAAAGUCACAUAAACCCCCUCGUUACAUUUUUUGGACAAAGCUAUCUGUUUCCCGAGCCUCAUUUCAACCUCGCAAAAACACUUUCCUGUAGAAUGAUGAUAGCUAUGAGGUGGAAAUGAGGUUUUAUCAACAUUAGUACCACCUUUUCAUUUUCACUUUUAUUUUCUUACAAAAUGAACUGUCUCAGAUAAUUAAUUGGCAGACUUAAUGAUUUGCCGACCAUUAUUAAAAGUCUUU